AAGAUGCCAUUUAAAAGGGAAACCAGUGGAAUCGUGAGAGUGUUUAUGAAAAAUCGAAAAGUAAAAAGAAGACGACUGAAACGUUUCGAAAGUUUCUGCCAAGCGUUACAAUGCUAUUGCUCUAAUACAACCAUACACGGUUUGAGAUAUGUCACUGCUACAGAAUUAAGUUACCUCGAGAGACUUCUAUGGCUAGUUACAGUAAUUCUAUCCUCGAUAUUUGCCAUCGGACUGAUCUACAUGAUAGCAAAAGAAUUUCAGGCAUAUCCAACGUCAAUAAGCAUAAAAUCGACGAAUUACAAAACUUCUGGCGUACCUUUCCCAAGCGUGGUCAUUUGUCCGAACCAGCACGUAGAUUGGAAAAUGGCAAUGGAUCUUGAAAAGAAAAUAUUUUCUAAUUCUACAAUAGGAAGGAAUAAUAACAACAGAAAUAUUAGCAGCAGCAGUAGCAGCAGCACUAGUAAUAAUAAUAGUAUCAGCAUCAGUAACAACAGCAGUAGUAGCAACGGUAACAGCAGAAAUAGCAGCAUCCUAACUUUUCGUAAACUACUAAGGAAACUAUCGAUCAUGAGUUUCGGUGACUUUGAUCUUUUGGAGUUCUUAAAAGAUCGAGAUCUUACGGAACUAGCUGAUAUCAACGUGACGAGAAUACUUCUGGAAACGAUGCCAAAGUGUUCAGGUCUCUUCUCUGCUUGUUGGUGGCGAAACUCCUACUAUGACUGUUGUGAGAUCUUCGAGGUUCAAAAGACGGAGUACGGCUUUUGUUACUCCUUCAACUCGGAGUUGUCGGAAGAACGGGUAGAUCAAACUAAAGGGAAGGAAUCGACGAGAAGACCACGAAGAACAUCUGGUUACGGUGAAUGGAGUGGCGUUAGAUUGACGAUGCAUCUCAAGAAUAUAAAUAAACCACCGGACUCGGAAGAAACAGACGGUGGGAACGUGAUGAUACAAGGACCGAGAGUUUGGCCUAGCAGUGGCACCAUGAUACCAGUCGGCGUUGCUCUCAGCAUCGCCUUAGACUGUAUUUCGGGAUAUGCUACACAACGAGUCCUUGAGUUAGACGACGACAGGAUGCCGUGCAAAUACGACGAGAGUGGAGUCUACAACCAGCAAAGCUGCAUAUCUUUUUGCAAGCAAGCUUACGCGGUCAAGUACUGCGGCUGCAACCCGUCCUUUCUAUUUCCAUCCACAACCAAAGAUCGUGAUUGCAACGUAACUGAUCUUAUUUGUUUAGCGGAAAACAACGAUAUAUUUAAUUCGUAUUACGUGCUGCAAGACACACAGAUAGCCGACGACAAGCCAGGAAUGAUAUGCGAUUGCCCACCGGAAUGCGAAUAUUAUUUCUACAAGCCACGAUUCACCAUAGUACCGAUAUCAGGAAGCAAGGAUAUCACCAUGGACGUGCAUUUCGAGACGCAAACGAGCUUUCGAUAUAAGACAGAUAUUGUCUUAUCGAAAUUCGCCCUUCUUGUGUCCUUCGGCGGUAUUAUCGGUUUGUUUCUCGGAGGUUCUCUGCUAAGCGCGGUCGAGCUCGUUUACUAUCUUCUAGUUCUACUGUAUUGUUAUGUUUCUUCCUGGUACGAGUCGGCUAAGCGAAAAGUUAACGUCCAAGAAGGUGGAACAGCAGGAGUAAGAGGAGUUGGAGAUGAAGUUGGAGUUGGUGGUGGUGGUGGUAGAAGAGAAGAGAAGGAAGCUGUGGUAAAGGUAAUUCCAAGAUUACCUAUUCUGGAUUACGGACCCUUGAAAUCGCGAUCGAGGAAGAUUCCAAAUCUACUUGUCUACGAUUACGCGAAGCAGAAACCCAACAGAUAUUGAAGCAAUCAAGGCUAUACCACUAUACUGGCUUUACUUCCAAAUAUUACAACCACUGUUUAGGAUUUUAGAAUUUUCCUAAAAUGAUAAAAUCUCUUUACAAGCAUUGCAUAAUAGAAAAUAAUGAAAAUAAUCUAUAACCGUUGUUGUAAUCAUUUCAAAACGUAUAUGUUUUUUAUAUACGUGUCCUUAUUUUACUAAAAUUAAAGUGUCGAUAUAAUUUCAUUUAACACGUCACGUGUCACAAGCCCUUUUUACCUAACUUGUCAUUCAGACCAUUUAAUUUUCCUUUAACAAAAUCAACUAUUACAUGUAAUUAUUAAUUAUUGUAAA